UGACUUUGGGUUUAGAAAACAAAGAAAGGAAAAUUAAACCCCCAUAUGUUUCUCCCCCGAUUCAUAUUACCGUUCCUCGCCGCCGCAACACCUCCUUGCGAAGCCGCUGCGUAUCCACGCAUGAACAAUAACGAAAAUCAGAACAAACAUUAACAUCGAAAAUACUCCAAUCGAGGCAGAGGUUUGUUUAAUCGCCAUUGGAAGUUGACUAUGGAGCAAAGCGGCGCUGGAGGAUGAUUAGUUUCUUCUGAAGACGAUUCUUCUUCCGCUUGAUUGUUUUGCACUAUAAAAUUCUUGCACGAAAGCGGAGAGAAACGUUUUCUGGAACUGCCUCGCGUUUUCUCCACCUCUUUCUGAAUAAUGCCUUAAACCCUUCACAGGCCCUCGAUUCCUCAGUGCCACUCCAUUCUACUUCCACCUCUGUUAAUUCAAUUCAUGGCUGUUGAUAAAGAGAAAGUUGCCGAAGAAUCUGUUACCAGUCGUUUGUUCAAAAUUAUUCUCAGCUGGGACUAUUUUCGGCUCCUCAAGGAUUCCAAGGUUGCAUUACUUCUACUCAAUUCUCUGCUAUAUUUCCUGAAAGCUUCAUACAAGGACGUUGAUGAUUAUAUCUCUACUUUUGAGCCGCUUUUGUUGGAAGAAGUCAAGGCUCAGAUUAUUCAGAGGAAUGACGACGAAGAAGCGACAGAUUGGAAGUUCAGGGCGAUCAUGGAGUGUAAUGAAGUUAAUGGAUUUCACUUCCCGGAGAUAGUGUAUCUCAGAGAGGAGGAACUAAAUGACGAAGACAGCGAAAAGGGUGAAUUCCUAUCGCCAAAUGAUCUUUUGCUUCUCUCCAAGGAGAAGUUUCAGGAGAAUGCAAAACUGCCCACCACAUACGCUUUUGCAUUAGUGGAAAGUCGCCAACAAAGUAAACUCAGACUUAGAAUGUAUUUGGCUGGAGAAGUCACACAUAAAGGUGUAGACGCUAUUGUAUCUUCUCCAAGGCUUCUGAAAGUACGGUCUCAUAUUACUUCUUCUAGUAAAGAUGGAAUAUAUAUUUACAGUUUAAAGAUUUGCAGUUUAUCAACUAUCAUUCGUGAAUAUAUAGCUUUGUGGUCUAUUAGCUCUCUACCUUUUAAGGAUAUGAUAUUAGCAGCUGCUGAUAAGAAUACCAGUAAAGAUCAAGCCUGGAAAAUUUCCAGACCUUUGCAGGAUUACAUGAAAGAAAAUCUUAAUGAAUCCCAACAGGCAGCUGUACAGGUCAGUGUUAGUAGUAAGUAGCAGUUUGGUGAAGCAGUGUUGUAGUUAUUUGUCAGUCUGGUAUUUAUUUUUCCCUUGUUUAAACAGGGGUCAGAAUUACCUGUGAGGGAAAAAUACGAUCACUGGAUACAAGCAUCACCAUGGUUAAAUGGUAUAAAUCCUAGAGAUAAUAUAAUGCCAGUAAAUGGGGAUGAUGGCUUUUUCCCUACCUCAGGAAAUGAACUCAAACCAGAAGUAGUAAAGUCAAAUCGUAAGUAUCGUGUACGAGUGCUUGUAUGUGCCCCAUCUAACUCUGCACUUGAUGAGAUUGUUUUGCGCGUUCAAAACACUGGUGUACGUGAUGAAAAUGAUCAUCCAUAUACUCCGAAGAUUGUGCGCAUUGGACUAAAAGCCCAUCCUUCCAUAAAGACAGUCUCCAUGAAAGAACUUGUGGAACAAAAGAAAAAUAGUAUGACUACCGGGAAAGCGAAAAGUGGAGCUUCAGGGACAGAUUUAGACAGUAUCCGUUCUGCAAUUCUGGAUGAGAGCGUUAUUGUUUUCUCCACACUCAGUUUUAGUGGUUCUUCUCUGUUUAGUAAAUGGAAUCGGGGUUUUGAUGUUGUUAUAAUAGAUGAGGCUGCCCAAGCUGUGGAAUUGGCAACCCUUGUUCCUCUGGCUAAUGGAUGCAAACAAGUUUUCCUGGUUGGUGACCCAGAGCAACUUCCAGCCACUGUAAUUUCUACAACAGCUAAGAAGUUUGGAUAUGACAAGAGUUUGUUCAAGAGAUUUCAGACAGCUGGGUAUCCUGUUACAAUGUUGAAGAUCCAAUAUAGAAUGCAUCCGGAGAUCAGAAGCUUUCCAUCUAGGGAGUUCUAUGCUGAGUCACUGGAGGAUGCACCGGAUGUCAAACUGCGGACAACACGUGCAUGGCAUGCAUUCCGCUGUUACGGUCCUUUCUGUUUCUUUGAUUUACAUGAAGGGAAAGAAUCUCAGCCCCCAGGAAGUGGAUCUUGGGUGAAUGUUGAUGAGGCUGAAUUUGUCCUCCUCCUGUAUCACAAAUUGGUUAUUUCAUAUCCAGAGUUAAAGUCAAAUUCUCAGGUUGCAAUCAUAUCACCCUAUAGCCAGCAAGUAAAACUUCUCCAAGAAAAAUUUAAGGAUACUUUUGGACUUGACCCUAGUGGCAUAGUGGAUAUUACAAGUGUUGACGGUUGCCAGGGACGGGAAAAGGACAUCGCCAUAUUUUCUUGUGUCAGGGCAAGCGAGAACAGAUCUAUAGGAUUUUUAUCUGAUUGUCGUCGAAUGAAUGUCGGAAUCACCAGGGCAAGAUCUUCUAUCUUGGUGGUAGGUUCUGCUUCAACAUUGAAGAGGGAUGAACACUGGAAUAACUUGGUGGAAAGUGCUCAGAAGAGGGAUUGUUUAUUUAAGGUUUCAAAGCCAUAUACCUCGUUUUUCAGCGAUGAUAGUAUCGAAUCGAUGCGAGUGAAGGCUGAAUCUGCAGUUCGCCCAACUGGGGAGAGAGAUGAAACUGAGGCAAAUGUUGCUCAGGAGCCCACUGCUGGGGACGCCGAUCAAGUGCAGCCAGACGACAAUGACUUUGGAGAUGGAGAAGAAGACAUGUACGAAGGGGGAUUUGAGGAAGAUUAGAGCCUGCAACACAAGAAGUUAUUUGCUUCCCACAAUUGGGAAAUUACAUAUUUAUUUUACAUCCACAUCGAUUUGUACAUCAUUUUUAAGGAAAGAGGGGGAAACCAGAGGGAGAGGGAAACUAUUUUGCAAAUUUUGACCUGUAAAAAUGCGUAGAAGCAAUGGUAUAAAUAUUGACUAUAAUGAAGAAAAGACGACGUGAGAGAUUACUUAUUUACUUUAUAAUAGCUCUCUCUGGUUCACAGCCUAAUGAAAGUGUUAUGUCGAAACUAUACACUUGUAAUAUUGAAAAUUCCCAAUUCUACAUGGCAA